UGACAUGUUCGAACUUUCCAAAGAAUGCUUAGUGUAUUUAUGAGUUUACCCACAUGCUUUCUCUUGACUCCGCUUUGCUAUCAUAACAUCUUUGAGUGUGGACCAAACCUUUAGAGGGGACAGAUGUUGUCAUGUCAUUGUUCCACUUUGCUGUUCAGAACAAGGGAAGUCAUUGAAACAAACAGCAUAUUUUGAAAGUUAUCCGUUUUUAAACAAUGAUUUUUUUUUAGGGUUUUCUAAAUAUAUUUUUAUGGCUAUUUUUUUAAACCCUUCCGAUGACUAAGACCCACAAGCCACAGCGGCCCUUUGAAAUCAAAUCGAAUGUCUCUGUCGCCUGUCAUCAGUUGAUGGGAGUGAGAAAGAGAAAGAAACAGAAGACAAGCUCUCCCUGCUCGGCUGCACAAGACAGAGGAUUUGCCACCUCGUCUGCCGUCACCUGCCUCAGUCCCAACCAUGCCGCGGUCGUUCCUCGUCAGGAGUAAAAGGGCCCCCCUGCUCGGCCUAUCGAAGGACCCCUACAGACAGCACCAGCAGCCCCAAACAGACUCCAACCAGCCUGUGCAGCAUGAGGCUGGACGGAGCAGGGGGAGUCCCGAGGAGGCUUUGAGGUCGUUGCCCCCCAGGUUAGGGCUGAAGGGGGAUGCAGUCUGUUCACACAGGAACUUCACAGAGGAACCUUGGCCUUCAGUCCCCGUGGAGAACAGCGGCGUCCCUCUGCUGGUCUCGCCCUGGGCGGCGGACAGACACCAGGUCUCCGAGCGAGAGAGACAACUGGAGGGACUGGUCUACCUGUUGCUCAACCACGUGUCGCACACUGACCUCAAAUCCCCCGUCGGCGAGUGUCCGCUCUGUGGAAAGUCUCUUUCAGAACUUUUGAAAUCCGGGGGUGACCUGCAGGCUCAUCUGCACAACAACGUCUCUGGCCCAUUGUCGAGAUCUCCAGCCGCCACUGACAUGCCCCUCGUGCCCUUUGGCUUCAGAGCGAUAGGCGGCUACGGCAGAGCUAAGGAGCGCAGCUUCAACUGCAAGGUGUGCGGGAAGGCGUUUAAGCGCUCAUCCACCCUGUCCACGCACCUGCUCAUCCACUCGGACACGCGGCCCUACUCCUGCCAGUACUGCAGCAAAAGGUUCCACCAGAAGUCGGACAUGAAGAAGCACACCUUCAUACACACGGGUGAGAAACCACACGUGUGCAAAGUGUGCGGGAAAGGGUUCAGCCAGAGCUCCAACCUCCUGACCCACAGCCGGAAGCACAGCAGCUACCGGCCCUUCAGCUGCCCCGGCUGUCAGCACAGCUUCCAGCGCAGGGUGGACCUGCAGCGCCACCAAGAGGCGCACUGCGGCUAUGGCGACAUGCACUCUCUGAGCAGAGACCACGAGGCAAUGGGGUGACGGCCAAAUAGCAUUUGUAAAUAAUGUUUGAUAGUUUCUCACGUGCUGCAAAAUAAA